AUGUACCCGGGUCGCAGGAGAAGGCUGAGUUGGAACCGGGUGGUCUUCCUGCUCUCGGCGCUGACCAUUUGCUCUCUGGCCCGCUUCCCCAUCGGAACCUGGUCCGAUUCAGCACCUUGGAGAGCGAAGACCGGAGAGAACCUUUUCUCUUACGGCCGGAGAUUGCUUGAAGUCACGGGACCUGGCAGCGCCCGCACGGAACACCCCCGGCCCGAGAACCCCAACACCGGACACCCCGAGACCGGGAACCCCAAUACCGGACACCCCGAGACCGGGAACCCCAACACCGGACUCCCUAGGGCCGGGAACCGCAACACCGGACACCCCGAGAUCGGAAACCCCAACACCGGACUCCCUAGGGCCGGGAACCCCAACAUCGGACACCCCGAGACCGGGAGCCCCAAUACCGGACACACCGAGACCGGGAACCCCAAUACCGCACACCCCGAGACCAGGAGCCCCAACACCGGACACCCCGAGAUCGGGAACCCCAACACCGGACUCCCUAGGGCCGGGAACUCCAACACCGGAUACCCUGAGACUGGGAUCCCCAAUACCGGACUCCAUGUGGUCGGGAAUCCCAAUACCGGACACCCCGAGACCGGGAACCCCAGUACUGGACACCUCAAGACCGGUAACCCCUUCACCGCACACUCCAGGACCGGCAACCCUUUCACCAGACACCCUGGGACAAGGAGACCCCUUUCUGGGGUUCUUGGAACCAGGAACCCCAAUACCAGCUUUCCAGGACGAAGAAACCCCAAUACAGAAGUUCUCGGGAGCGGGCAGCCCGGGUCCACUUUAACCAGAGUCCCGGAACUAUGGCCCCAUUCAACCGCGGCUCCGUCUAACCAGACCAGCGCCGCCGGCAGAACGAGCGGGAUGGCGAGAGAACCGGCGGCGUCGGAGAAGCCCCGACUGAGAGGAUGCAUUCUUGUGGGUAACGAGAUCGUCCCUGCUCCCGGGACCGCUGCCCCGGACGGCGGGGAAGCGGACAGGGACGACGAGUCGGGUAGCAGUCGGGAGCCGCCGCUCGGCCACACCAAGGGCGAGUACCCGGUGGACGUGUUCAGCGUGGAGGAGCGGCGCCGGGGCUGGGUGCUGCUGCACGUGCUCGGCAUGGUGUACAUGUUCAUCGCUCUGGCGCUGGUGUGCGACGAGUUCUUCGUGCCGUCGCUGGGGACGAUCACGGAGCGCCUGGAGAUCUCGGACGACGUGGCGGGAGCCACCUUCAUGGCGGCGGGGGGCUCGGCCCCCGAGCUCUUCACCUCCCUCAUCGGGGUCUUCAUCGCCCACAGCAACGUGGGCAUCGGCACCAUCGUGGGGUCAGCCGUCUUCAACAUCCUCUUCGUGAUCGGCAUGUGCGCCGUCUUCUCCCGCGAGAUCCUGCACCUCACCUGGUGGCCGCUCUUCCGCGACGUCUCCUUCUACAUCCUCGACCUGAUGCUGCUCAUCGUCUUCUUCCUGGACAACGUGAUCCGCUGGUGGGAGAGCCUCUGCCUGCUGGCCGGAUACCUGGCCUAUGUCGGCUUCAUGAAGAACAACGGCGCCAUCGAGAUUUGGUUCAAGCGGCUGCUCACCAGCAACACCAGCGUGGUGAAGGUCAUGUCCGCGCUGCACGGCGCCAAGAAAGGGCUGGGGAAGAUUAACGACUCUGAGCCCACUGCUGAAGAAGUGACUGAUAAUAACAGGCUCAAGCCCAAAGCGGUUCUAACGCGAGGAAGCAGCAUGCCCUCUCUACACAACAGCACACUGAGAAACACCAUAUUCCAGCUGAUGAUCAACACACUGGAUCCCUUAACCGAAGAGAUGAUCACAGACCGGAGUGUAAAGGCUUCUGUGUCCUGGGAGCAGAGGGUGAAGUUUAAGCAGAAGGCUGAAGUAAUGAACAGUAUGGCCAAGGGAAGGGCAAGCGGAAAGGCUGAACAAGAGACCAAAAUGAAAGGUGGAGAGACAGAGAAGACAGAUCUCCCGAACACGGUGAACGUCCAAGUGACACCCCCAUCCGAGCCAGCGGCCACAUCGCCACCUGGAGACAAGGACGAUGCCAACCCCAGCCAGGACCCUAACGAAGACCAGACGGGUGAAGAUGAUGGAGGAGAUAGCAGCGACGGGGGUUCUGACGGCAGCGAUGAUGACAAUGAUAGUGACGACAGUGAUGAUGAUUCCGAUGAUGAUGAAGAUGAGGAUGAGGAGGAAUCCAAUGAUGAUGAACCUUUAAGUCUUGAAUGGCCAGAAACACGACGAAAACAGAUCACGUACCUGUGUCUUCUCCCCAUCGUGUUUCCACUCUGGCUAACAGUGCCUGACGUCAGAAACCCAGCUUCAAAGAAGUACUUCAUUGGUACAUUUUUUGGAUCCAUUUUGUGGAUUGGUGCAUUUUCAUACCUGAUGGUGUGGUGGGCCCACCAGGUUGGUGAAACAAUUGGGAUUUCUGAAGAGAUAAUGGGCCUAACCAUUCUAGCAGCAGGCACCUCAAUCCCUGACCUCAUCACCAGUGUAAUAGUUGCUCGGAAAGGUCUCGGGGACAUGGCCGUGUCCAGCUCAGUGGGAAGCAACAUCUUUGACAUCACAGUUGGACUUCCAGUGCCCUGGCUGUUGUACACGACCUUUAACCAUUUCCAGCCAGUUCCGGUCAGCAGCAAUGGCCUGUUCUGUGCCAUCGUACUCCUCUUCCUGAUGCUGCUCUUCGUCAUCAUUUCCAUCGGUCUCUCCAAGUGGAAGAUGAACAAGAUAUUGGGCUUCACCAUGUUCUGCCUCUAUUUCAUGUUUCUGAUUAUCAGCGUAAUGCUAGAGGACCGGAUCAUUGUGUGCCCAGUGUCCAUAUAGACUCUAAACUCCUAUCCUUCACCUGGCAGAGGGGGAAUUCUGAUGACUUCAACUGGCUGUGCAACACACAGAUGACAAGUUAAAGGAGACAACCGUAUGCAACAACUUACAUGUUGACUUUUAAUAAAUUUAGACCAGUAUUGAGGGAGGUUUGCUUUAAAAAUGGAAAUGAUUGUCAACAACUACAGUAUAGACAUUGGGAGAAAGGCUACAAGUUUAUCAAGCCCUGCUGUCUUGCUCCAGAAGUUACAGAGCAGAGCAGUUUCCUAACUGGAUACGAUUUUUAUUAUAUUUAGAGAUACAGCAUAAUAACUGGCCCUUCCGGUCCAACCAGCCAGCGCCCCCUGAUUACACCCUUGUGACAGUUAACCCACCACCCUGUAUGUCUUUGGAAUGUGGAAGGAAACCAGAGCACCUGGAGGAAGGCCACACAACCACAGGGAGGGACUGAACAGGCAGUGGUGGGAAUUGAACCCUGGUCGCUGGCACAGUAAUAGCAUGACGAUAACCGCUACGUUACUGUGCUGCCCAAAGGUAUCGAAAACUUCAUAAUGAUGUACCCUCAGUGUACGUUCCCACAGUUCAUAUACCAGUAACAAGGCAGAAUAUCAGCUUCAAACUCAGGUCCACGUGAGCUCUCCUAAAACAAAUAUGGAACCGUUUUAAAAUAAAUCGUGUAAAAACAUUAUGUGAAGAAGACUGAAAGAUCCUCCACCAAGGGAAUGAAGAAAAAGCCACGUGUGGACAACUCAUAUUCAACAUUUUUCAGAGCUUUUUAGUUACUGCAAUGCAACUUUUUAGUUAAGCAAAUCAGCAUUGUUUUAGAAAGUGGAAACUCAAAGACACCAAAAGAGAAAUGACGGAUAAAGCAGUAGCCCAUGGAGUAUGCUGUUCAAUUGCUUCACCUUUGGUUAGUUAUAAAGGCAGUACUGAAGUAAAUCCAUUGGUUCCAAGAUCUCCAUUCCAAUGCUGGCCACAGGGACAGCAACCUCAUACCCAUGCUAUCUGCAUCAUAAUGAACUGGCAUUAUUUAGCAAUAUAACAUCAGCGACAUAGCAAUAUAACAAUAUAACGGAAGCACAUAACAUUUUGAUAGGCAAAUUCAGAGGAUAACAGAGAAGAAACAGUUGUUUUCUGUGUGGUUCUUGUUAUUUCGGACAGGUGUCCUGGAGUCUAAUUUGGGAUUUUUACUUAUUGAGUAGGAAUGGUGGGUGUGGGAGAUGGAUCAGUUAAUGGAAAUGAUGUUGAACGUGAAGGAAGAGCUUUUUCCCAACCUCCAAAAUCAAUUGAAGAAAAAUAGUUUCUGAUACCAGGUGCCAAAGGCUUAUCCUGAUGGAAGUCCCUUUUACUAUCACACCCUCCAAACUGGAUCUCAAAGUAUACACAGUGGAUUCUGGUUAAUUAGGACACAUCAGGACCCAUACAUUAUGGCACAAUUAAGUGGUGGUCCCAAUUUGCUGAACUUUCAUGGAAAUAGUUAAAAAGGUAUAAAAAAACAUUUAAGUAAUAAAUUAUGUAUUCAAAUAAAAUACAGUAUAAGUUAAAAUACUACCAAAACUACUACAGUACUAUAAAGCUGUGCAUUAGUUCCUAAUAGUUAUUGACAGGGGAAUUCAUUCAGUGUAUGCUGCUGUGUUCUUUUGAUUGACUGUAAAUGAACAAAAUCAGCUCAGACAUCUCGUGCAGAUAAUGGACUUCCUUCAAACAAUGUUUUUGAUCAUUGUAUCUUCUAAAUCUUUAUUUUCAUUGUAACAUUCAAAAUGAUUGUUGAUACCUUCAAAUCCUUCAUAGUUCCUAACUAGUUGAAGUAGUGAAAUUGUUUCAUUUUCACUCCUGGCUGUUUCUGGCAUCUCCAAGCUUGAACGCUUGAAACCGCAGUGAAUGAAGCCGUUCUGAAUUGUUUUACUGCUUAUUUCUUGCAACUAUCAGUGACAAAAAUCACUACUUUUUGAACACAAGCACGCAUGUAACGCUAUUUAAAAACUGUUUACUCUAAGCACGGUGUAGCGUCUAAUGGCCACACGACGUGCAUGUGACUGACACUAGUUAGAAACUGUUUAGCAGCAGACUCCUGCCCCAAUCAAGCAGCAUAGUGUCUCAAAUAAAUAAAUGGAAUCCUGGCAAUUUUCUUGAUUAGUUUUUAUUCUGUAGGAAUUGUCCCAAAUAAGCAGCUAUCCCAAUUAGCCGAUGGCCAAAUUAACCGGAAUCCACUGUACUUUUCUCCAGAACAUUUCAUCAAGCUAAUUGGAGCAAUAGACAGUCUACUGGAGGAAUUCAGUGGGAUGAACUGUUUCUGUGAUAGGAAAGGAAUUGUCCAUGAUCUGAGUUGGAGAGGGUUUUGACAAUUCUUUCCCUCCCACAGAAGCUGCUCACUGAGUUCUUUCAGCAGAUGAUCUGCUGCUCCAGUUUCUGACAUUUGCAAUCUCUUGUGAUUCCAAAGUAAUAAAUCAUAUUGAACAGAAAUUAUACCAUUUUACAAGGUCAUCAGUCCUUUUAAACAAAUUAUUAACUAUUUUCAGUCCUUUUAAACAAAUUAUAAACUAUUUUCAUAUAGAAAAUUAAAGAUUGUUUGUUUCUUUUUACACCUUCUGGCAUAUUGGGUGGCAUUUUUUGCUGUUUCCUUGGCAUUUGUCUGUUUUUUAUGAGACUCAGUUGCUGGCUUGACACUCGACCAGUACGGAUGGAACGUGUGCAAGGGGCCAGCCAGAUCUGAG